UUUUCUUACGGCCCAGCCUACCUGCUGAAGCGUGUAGGCCACGCCCCCUCCAGCUCACCUGCCUCCUGCUGCUGCUUUGCUCGUGUAUGAACGGAGUUGACAGUGGAACUCGGAGAAAAUGAGUCUCCCGGACAGCAAAUCCCCCCGGAAACAGUCCGCCGAGCCUCUGACUCACUUUUCCGUUGUGCAGCUGAACAUCGGUGGGCAGUUAUACUCCACCACUCUGGGCACUCUGUGCAAAUACCCCAACUCCAAGCUGGCAGACAUGUUCUCCGGGCCUCUGAAGCUUCAUAAGGACAGAGAGGGACGUUAUUUUAUAGACCGAGACGGGACACAUUUUGGGCUGAUCCUGCAGUACCUCCGUACUGAAGAGCUCCCCAGCAAGAACCUGCUGGAGCUCCACAGGGAGGCAUUGUUUUAUGACCUGAAGCCCCUGGUGAAACUCCUGGAGGAAACCCCGCAGAUGUUCGGAGAGAUGGUGGGACGCCAGCAGUUUCUGUCUCGGGUGCGAAACUACCACGAGAACCUGGAGGUGAUCGUCCGGGUCGCCAGGGCCGAGGCCAUGGCCUCCAGGUCCUCCACCAUAAUCAUAUGCGUCCUGAGGACCGAGGAAGACCUGGCGAAGUACAACGAUGCCCUGGACAGUCUGGACUCUAAGAAAGAGUCUGUAGUCAGCUUCGGGCCCUGGAACGCUCCGGCCACUGUGGAGGAUCUGCUGGAUUGUAUAAAGAUGGACAUUGAGGCUAAAGGCUAUAGAGUGAGCCUGAAACCACACAGCUCAGAUAAAGGGUUUCUCUUUAAGAGCUACGGAUUCUUCUAUAAGCUCACCUUCACCUGGUGGUGACCAGUGACAUAUAGUAUUGUAUGUUGGCAUGGUGAAUGUACAGGGGUUGGACAAUGAAACUGAAACACCUGUCAUUUUAGUGUGGGAGGAUUCAUGGCUAAAUUGGAGCAGCCUGGUGUUCAAUCUUCAUUAAUUGCACAUUGCACCAGUAAGAGCAGAGUGUGAAGGUUUAAUUAGCAGGUUAAGAGCACAGUUCUGCUCAAAAUAUUGCCAUGCACACAACAUUAUGGGUGACAUACCAGAGUUCAAAAGUGUCUGUAAGCAAGACAGCAAGUCUUUGUGAUGCAUCAAGAGCCACGGUAUCCAGGGUAAUGUUAGCAUAUCACCAAGAAGGACCGACCACAUC